GGAGGAGCGACCCGGGACCGCCGCCGCAGCGCUGGGGCCACCGUGCGGGCAGGGAGCAAACCGUGGAUCUUGGCUGAGUGAGUCUUGCACAGCCACCCAGGCACCAUGAAUGGCCACGCCUCUUCUCUUGACGUCCUGGUCACCAAUGGCACUGAGCUGGCCGCGGUCCCCAAGUCCGUGAAGGCCACGCUGGGAGCCGACGCCCCCUCUGAGCCCCAAGCCCAGGCGCCUGCAUCCGCCCAGGCCAGGGGCAUUGCCGGGGUGUACGUGGAGGCCUCCGGCCAGGCCCAGAGCCUCUACGCUGCCAUGAAGCAGGGUCUCCUGCCCUUUGGGCUCGGGCUGGCCCUGCUGGAAGCCCAGGCAGCCACUGGGGGCCUGGUGGACCCCGCCCAGGGCCGGCCGCUCCUUGUGUCCGAGGCCCUGCAGCAGGGCCUGGUGGGCCUGGAGCUGAAGGAGAAGCUGCUGGCUGCCGAGCGUGCCGUCACGGGUUACCCUGACCCUUACGGGGGUGAGAGACUGGCCCUCUUCCAGGCCAUCGGGAAGGAGGUUGUGGGCAGGGCGCUGGGGUGGAGCUGGCUGGAGGCCCAGCUGGCCACGGGGGGCCUGGUGGACCCCAUCCGGGGCGGGCGUGUGGCCCCCGAGCUAGCCUGUCAACAGGGCCUUCUGGACCAGGAGACGUGGCGCGGGCUCACGGAGCUCAGGCCCGGCUCGAGUGCCCCAGGCUUCCUGGACCCCAACACGCUGGAAGAGUUGCCAUACCGCGAGCUGCUGGGCAGGUGCGUGCGGGCCCCGGGCUCGGGCCUGGCCCUGUUGCCCCUCAAGACCACUUUCCGCACCCUGAGUGGCGCGGUGAGCUUGGCCGAGCUGCUGGAGGUGGGGAUCCUGGACCCGGGGACAACCCGAGGCCUGCGGGAGGGCGGGCUGGCCGUGCAGGACGUGAGUGCUCGCGCUGAGGUGCAGCGCUACCUGCAGGGCACCGGCGGCAUGGCAGGGGUCGUCCUGCUGCCUGCGGGGCACAAGAAGAGCUUCUUCCAGGCCGCCGCUGAGCACCUGCUCCCCGCAGGCGCCACGCUUCCACUCCUGGAGGCUCAGGCUGCCACCUGCACGCUGGUGGACCCAGCCACUGGCCGGCAGCUCUGCGUCGACGAGGCGGUCCGGGCAGGCCUGGUUGGCCCAGAGCUCCACAGGCAGCUCCUGGCGGCAGAGCAGGCAGUGAUGGGCUACCCUGACCCUUUCAGUGGCACCCGCAUCCCCUUGUUCCAGGCCAUGAAAAAGGGGCUGGUGGACAGGCCUCUGGCACUGAGGCUCCUGGAUGCCCAGCUGGCCACAGGCGGGCUGGUGUGUCCCACCCGCAGGCUCCGGCUGCCCUUGGAGGCUGCCCUGCGCUUCGGCUGCUUGGACGAAGAGACUCAGCAGCACCUCUCGCAGGCUGCUGGCUUUUCAGACCCUGGCACGCAAGAGAGCCUCAGCUAUGGGCAGCUGCUGGCCCGCUGUGUCACCGACCCGGAGACGGGGCUGGCCUUCCUGCCCGUCUCGGCAGGGAGCCUUGGGGAGGAGCCACGGGGGCCUCCGUUCAUUGAGCACAGCACCCGGCAGGCCCUGAGGGCGGCCACGGCCACCAUCUCUGUGGGCAAGUUCCGGGGCCGGCCCGUGUCACUCUGGGAGCUGCUCUUCUCUGAGGCGGUCCCCGUGGAGCAGAGGGUGACACUGACCCAGCAGCACAAGGACGGGGCUCUCUCAGUGGACGAGGUGGCAGCUGCACUGAGGGCCACCCUCGAGCAGGCUGCAGCCUCUGCCAGGCCUACCUUCCCGGGGCUGAGAGUCCCGGUGACUCCAGGAGAGCUGCUGACAGCCGAGAUCAUCGACCAGGAUGUGUUCGAGCAGCUGGAACGAGGACAGGCCACGGCCCAGGACGUGGGCAGCCUGGACUCCGUGCAGAGGUACCUGCAGGGCACCGGCUGCAUCGCCGGCGUCCUGCCGCCUGGGUCCCAGGAGCCCCUCGGUAUUCGCGAGGCCUGUGGGAAGGGGCUUCUCAGACCCGGCACGGCCCUCAUCCUGCUGGAGGCGCAGGCGGCCACCGGCUUCAUCAUCGACCCCAAAGAAAACAGGAGGUACUCGGUGGAGGAGGCGCUGAGAGCUGGUGUCAUCGGGCCUGAGAUGUUCGAGAAGCUGCUGUCGGCCGAGCGCGCCGUCACCGGCUACACGGACCCCUACACCGGGGAGCAGAUCUCCCUCUUCCAGGCCAUGAAGAAGGACCUCAUCGUCCGCGAGCACGGCAUCCGCCUGCUGGAGGCCCAGAUCGCCACGGGCGGCGUCAUCGACCCCGUGCGCAGCCACCGCGUGCCCGUGGCCGUGGCCUACCAGCGCGGCUACUUCGACGAGGAGAUGAGCCGCGUGCUGGAGGACCCCAGCGACGACACCAAGGGCUUCUUCGACCCCAACACGCACGAGAACCUCACCUACAUGCAGCUGCUGGAGCGCUGCGUGCGCGACCCGGACACGGGGCUCUUCCUGCUGCCGCUCACAAGCUCGCGGCCCCAGCUGGUGGACGGUGCCACCCGGCAGGCCUUCCAGAAUCUGCUGAUCUUGGUGAAGUUUGGGCGGUUCCGGGGACAGAAGGUCUCGGCGUGGGACCUCCUCAACUCGGAAUACUUCAGCGAGGCAGCGCGGCGGCGGCUUUUGCAGCGCUACCGGCUGCGCCAGGUCUCGCUGGAGGAGAUCUCGGAGGUGCUGGAGAGAGAGAUGGAGAGGUGGGCAGACAUCACGCUGCCCGCGCUGCGGGGCCGGGUCACCGCCUACCAGCUCCUGGAGGCCCGCAUCAUCGACCAGGAGCUCCUGGCCCGGGUGCUGGCAGGGGCCGUCAGCCCCGAGGCCCUGCUCCGCAUGGACCAGGUCCGCAGGUACCUGCACGGCUCGGGCGCGGUGGGCGGCGUGCUGCUGCAGCCCUCCAACCGGCGGCUCAGCCUCUACCAGGCCAUGAAGCAGAAGCUGCUGGGGCCGGGUGUGGCCCUGGCUCUGCUGGAGGCCCAGGCGGCCACCGGAGCCAUCACUGACGCCUGCAGCCUGGAGGCCGUGUCUGUGGACGAGGCCGUGCGCAGAGAGCUGGUGGGGCCGGAGCUCUGCGGCAGGCUGAGACAGGCCGAGGACGCGGUCACCGGCCUGCAAGACCCCUUCUCUGGGAAGAGAGUGUCCCUGUUCCAGGCCAUGAGGAAGGGCCUUGUCCCUGUGGAGCAGGCUGUCCGCCUCCUGGAUGCCCAGGUGGCCACGGGAGGGGUCAUUGACCCCACGGGCCACCACCACCUCCCCAUGCCUGUGGCCAUCCAGCGGGGCUGUGUCGACCAGGACAUGGAGUUGGCCUUGUCCAGCUGCGAGCCCUUCCCCACGCUGGACGGCCGGGGGCACACCAGCUAUGCCCAGCUUCUGGAGCAGUGUGUGAGGGACGAGGCCUCCGGCCUUCAUCUCCUGCCGCUGUCGGAAAGCGCUCCCGCAGUCCCCACAGAUGAGCAGCUCCAGGAGACCCUGCAGGCCACUCGGGGAGAGGAUGGCACAUCCGUCUGGGAGCUUCUGGGCUCCUGCCACUUCACUGAGGAGCAGCGGAGGGCCUUCCUGGAGGACUUCAGGGUGGGGAAGUCCACGGCACAGCAGCUGCUGGAGGCUCUGCAGAGGGGGCUGCGGGAGGCAGAGCUCCUGGCGCGGGCCCGCGUCGCACUGCCUGGCCCACGGGGUGAGGUUCCUGCCGUCUGGCUGCUGGAUGCUGGCGUCAUCACCCAGGAGACCCUGGCAGCACUGGUCCAGGGUGUGUGGUCACCCACAGAGGUCGCCAGGCAGCCUGGGGUGCAGGCCUGCUUGUGGGGCACGGGGUGCGUGGCCGGGGUGCUGCUGCCCUCGGGCGCCAAGGCGAGCAUUGCCCAGGCUGUGAGGGACGGCCUCCUGCCUGUGGGCCUGGGGCAGAGGCUGCUGGAGGCCCAGGUGGCGUCUGGCUCUCUCAUCGACCCUCUGACCAGCCAGAGGCUCUCAGUGGAAGGUGCCGUCAAGGCCGGCCUAGUGGCCGGGGCCCUGAGUGAGCGGCUCCGGCAUGUGGAGAGGGUGGUGGCUGGGUACACGGACCCCUACUCGGGGGGCUCCCUCUCACUGUGGCAGGCUGUGGAGAAGGGGCUGGUGCCCCAGACCGAGGGCUUCCCCCUCCUGCAGGCACAGCUGGCCACGGGGGGCGCCAUGCACCCUGGCCACGGGGUUCACCUGCCCCAGGCGGCAGCCUGCAGGCUCGGCCUGCUGGAUGAACGGACGAGCACAAGGCUGACCUCGACAGAGGAUGACGUCAAGUUCUUCUUUGACCCCAGUGCACGGGACAGAGUGACAUACGAGCAGCUCAAGGAGCGCUGUGUCCUGGACGCCAACACUGGCCUGUGGCUGCUGCCAGUCCCUCAGGACGUGGCCCUAGCGGUGGACGAGCACACGGCGGUGGCCCUGAGGGCCAUGAAGGUGCCCGUAGGCGCGGGGAGGUUCAGAGGGCUCAGCGUGUCGCUGUGGGACCUGCUGCACUCCGAGUACGUCGGGGCCCAGAGGCGGCAGGAGCUGGCGGUGCUCUGCCAGUCCGGAAGGGCCACAGCCCUGCGGCAGGUGGUCCGUGAGGUCACCUCCCUGGUUGAGGCCUCAGAGGCACAGCCCUCGAAGGCCACCUUCAGAGGGCUCCGGAAACAGGUGUCCGCCAGCGACCUGUUCCUGUCCCAGCUGAUCGACAAGAAGACGCUGGAUGAGCUGAAUCAGGGGAGGAAGUCGGUGCGGGAGGUGACAGCCAUGGACGGGGUGAGACGCUUCUUGGAAGGAGGCAAUUUCAUCGCCGGGGUCCUUGUCCAGAGCACGAAGGAGAAGAUGAGCAUCUCAGAGGCCCUGAGGAGGCACAUCCUGCGGCCCGGCACGGCCCUGGUGCUGCUGGAGGCGCAGGCGGCCACCGGCUUCCUCAUCGACCCCGUGGAGAACCGGAAGCUGACUGUGCAGGAGGCGUUUGAGGCGGGGAUGUUUGGCAGAGAAACCUACCAGAAGCUUCUGUCGGCCGAGCGCGCCGUCACCGGCUACACGGACCCCUACACCGGGGAGCAGAUCUCCCUCUUCCAGGCCAUGAAGAAGGACCUCAUCGUCCGCGAGCACGGCAUCCGCCUGCUGGAGGCCCAGAUCGCCACGGGCGGCGUCAUCGACCCCGUGCGCAGCCACCGCGUGCCCGUGGCCGUGGCCUACCAGCGCGGCUACUUCGACGAGGAGAUGAGCCGCGUGCUGGAGGACCCCAGCGACGACACCAAGGGCUUCUUCGACCCCAACACGCACGAGAACCUCACCUACAUGCAGCUGCUGGAGCGCUGCGUGGAGGACCCCGAGACGGGGCUCUUCCUGCUCCAAGUCGUAAAGGAAGGAGAACCCUAUGUGUACAUCGACGAAGCCACGAGGCAGGCUCUGCGAGACAGAACCGCCAGGGUGCCCGUGGGGAGCUUCGCGGAUCAGACCGUCUCUCUGUGGGACCUGCUGUGCUCUCGGUACUUCACGGAGGAAAGGAAGAGAGCGCUUGUCCAGGAGUACAGAGCCCAGAAGCUGAGCCUGGAGGACCUGCUGGGAAUCAUCACCUCCACCGUCCGAGACGCAGAAGCGAAGAACCAGGCCCUCAAGGUGGCGGGCACCGGUGGGGAGGCGACCGCCGCGGAGCCGUUCCACUCGGGAGCCGUCGAUAAAGGGACGCUGGACCCGAUGGCCGAGGCGGAGGCCGGGGGGCCAGGCCGCGGCAGCCUGCCGCACGUGAGGGCCCGUCUGGAAGGCAGCGGCUGCAUUGCAGGGGUGACCACGCCCACGGCCCAGGAGGUGAUGGGCAUCUAUGACGCCAGCAGGAAAGGCCUGCUCCCGCCAGAGGUUGCGGCUCAGCUCCUGGAAGCGCAGGCGGCCACGGGGUUCAUGCUGGACCCCUGCCGCCAGCAGAGGUUCUCUGUGCACGAGGCUGUGGCCGCCGGGCUCGUGGGGGAAGAGCUGCAGGAAAGGCUCCUGAGCGCUGAGACGGCCGCCAAAGGCUACCCCGACCCAGAAACAGGACACACCAUCUCGCUGUUCCAGGCCAUGAAAAGAAAGCUAGUGAAAGGGGACUGGGCGCUGAGGCUGCUCGAGGUGCAGGUGGCCACGGGGGGCCUUGUGGACUCAGAGCACCACCACCGGCUUCCACUGGACGAGGCCUACAGACGGGGCCAUCUGCACCCCGACACUUACCCACUCAUUGCGGAUCAGAAGUGCAUGAAUAAGAGGUUUGUGGAUCCCAGCAGGCGUGAGAAAGUGACCUAUCAGGAGCUGCAAGAGAGGAGCCACAGGCAGGAGAGCACAGGCUGGGCCCUGCUCCCCUUACUCAGUAACCAAGAAGACGAUGCGCUGAUAGACGAGGCAACGAGAAGGGCCCUCGACGCCGAGCAAGUGGAGGUCACAGUGGGAAGAUUCAAGGGCCAGAGGCCAACGGUCUGGGACUUGCUGAACUCAGAAUAUGUGACCGAAGAGAAGAAGCUUGAGUUGGUAGCAAAAUACAAAAGAGAUGCCAAACACGAAAUAGAAAAGGUCGUAAAGGUUAUUCUACAAAUCAUUGAAGAGAAUGAGAAGAACAACCAGCAGCUGUGGUUCAGAGGCAUCAGGACACAGGUAACGGCCGCAGACCUCUUCCACGCAGCCGUCAUCAGCAGGGAGAUGCUGGCGGACCUGGAAGCGGGGCGAGCCUCCGUGGACGAAGUCCAACAGCAAGAACCGAUCCGGCGCUACCUGGAGGGCACCAGCUGCAUCGCGGGCGUGCUGGUGCCGGCCAAGGACGAGCCCGGGCGCCAGGAGAAGAUGAGCAUCUACCAGGCCAUGUGGAAGGGCGUCCUGCGGCCCGGCACGGCCCUGGUGCUGCUGGAGGCGCAGGCGGCCACCGGCUUCGUCAUCGACCCCGUGCGCAACCAGAAGCUGUCCGUGGAGGAGGCGGUGGCCGCGGGCGUGGUGGGCGGCGAGCUGCGGGAGAAGCUGCUGUCGGCCGAGCGCGCCGUCACCGGCUACACGGACCCCUACACCGGGGAGCAGAUCUCCCUCUUCCAGGCCAUGAAGAAGGACCUCAUCGUCCGCGAGCACGGCAUCCGCCUGCUGGAGGCCCAGAUCGCCACGGGCGGCGUCAUCGACCCCGUGCGCAGCCACCGCGUGCCCGUGGACGUGGCCUACCAGCGCGGCUACUUCGACGAGGAGAUGAGCCGCGUGCUGGAGGACCCCAGCGACGACACCAAGGGCUUCUUCGACCCCAACACGCACGAGAACCUCACCUACAUGCAGCUGCUGCGCCGCUGCGUGCGCGACCCGGACACGGGGCUCUUCAUGCUGCAGCUGGCCGGCCCGGGCUCCGCCGUGCACCAGCUGGGCGAGGAGCUGCGCGCCGCCCUGCGUGACGCCCGCGUGACGCUGGGCUCGGGCCUCCUCCGGGGCCAGAGCGCCUCCGUCUGGGAGCUCCUCUUCUACCGGGAGGUGUCCGAGAGCCAGCGGCAGGACCUGCUGGGCCGGUACCGGGCGGGCUCGCUGACCGCGCAGGAGGUGGGCGCCGCCCUCGCCUCGCUGCUGGCCCGGGCCGGGGCCGAGGCGGAGGCCGGGGCCGGGGCCGGGGCGGGGGCGGGGGCCCCGCUCCCCGGUGUCCCCGACCCUGGGGCGGCCCUGCGUGCCGCCACCAUGGAGGUCCGGGUGGGCCGCCUGCGGGGGCCCGCGGUGCCCGUGUGGGACGUGCUGGCGUCCAGCUACGUGAGCGGCGCCACGCGGGAGCAGCUGCUGGCCCAGUUCGGUUCGGGGGCGCUGGGCUUGCCCGCGCUGACCCGCAGGCUGACCACCAUCGUCGAGGAGGCCGAGGAGGCCCGCGGGACCCAGGGCCCGCCGGCGGGCCACGGCCACGGCGACGCGGGCCCCGCUCCGGGCCAGGGCCAGGGCCAGGGCCAGGCCGAGGCCGAGGCCGCCCGGGCCCUCCAGGAGCAGACCCUGCGGGCCGCCACCAUGGAGGUGCGGGCCGGGCGGUUCCGCGGGCAGCCGGUCUCCGUGUGGGACGUCCUCUCCUCCUCCUACCUGGGCCAGGCCCGCCGGGACGAGCUCCUGGCCCAGCACGCGGCCGGCGCCCUGGCCCUGCCCGCCCUGGUCGCCACCCUCACCCAGGUCAUCGAGGAGACGGAGGAGCGGCUGAGCAAGGUGUCCUUCCGGGGCCUGAGGCGCCAGGUGUCCGCGUCCGAGCUGCACACGUCCGGGAUCCUGGGCCCCGAGACCCUGCGUGACCUGGCCCAGGGCACCAGGACCCUGCAGGAGGUGACGGAGAUGGACGCGGUGAAGCGCUACCUGGAGGGCACCAGCUGCAUCGCGGGCGUGCUGGUGCCGGCCAAGGACGAGCCCGGGCGCCAGGAGAAGAUGAGCAUCUACCAGGCCAUGUGGAAGGGCGUCCUGCGGCCCGGCACGGCCCUGGUGCUGCUGGAGGCGCAGGCGGCCACCGGCUUCGUCAUCGACCCCGUGCGCAACCAGAAGCUGUCCGUGGAGGAGGCGGUGGCCGCGGGCGUGGUGGGCGGCGAGCUGCGGGAGAAGCUGCUGUCGGCCGAGCGCGCCGUCACCGGCUACACGGACCCCUACACCGGGGAGCAGAUCUCCCUCUUCCAGGCCAUGAAGAAGGACCUCAUCGUCCGCGAGCACGGCAUCCGCCUGCUGGAGGCCCAGAUCGCCACGGGCGGCGUCAUCGACCCCGUGCGCAGCCACCGCGUGCCCGUGGACGUGGCCUACCAGCGCGGCUACUUCGACGAGGAGAUGAGCCGCGUGCUGGAGGACCCCAGCGACGACACCAAGGGCUUCUUCGACCCCAACACGCACGAGAACCUCACCUACAUGCAGCUGCUGCGCCGCUGCGUGCGCGACCCGGACACGGGGCUCUUCAUGCUGCAGCUGGCCGGCCCGGGCUCCGCCGUGCACCAGCUGGGCGAGGAGCUGCGCGCCGCCCUGCGUGACGCCCGCGUGACGCUGGGCUCGGGCCUCCUCCGGGGCCAGAGCGCCUCCGUCUGGGAGCUCCUCUUCUACCGGGAGGUGUCCGAGAGCCAGCGGCAGGACCUGCUGGGCCGGUACCGGGCGGGCUCGCUGACCGCGCAGGAGGUGGGCGCCGCCCUCGCCUCGCUGCUGGCCCGGGCCGGGGCCGAGGCGGAGGCCGGGGCCGGGGCCGGGGCGGGGGCGGGGGCCCCGCUCCCCGGUGUCCCCGACCCUGGGGCGGCCCUGCGUGCCGCCACCAUGGAGGUCCGGGUGGGCCGCCUGCGGGGGCCCGCGGUGCCCGUGUGGGACGUGCUGGCGUCCAGCUACGUGAGCGGCGCCACGCGGGAGCAGCUGCUGGCCCAGUUCGGUUCGGGGGCGCUGGGCUUGCCCGCGCUGACCCGCAGGCUGACCACCAUCGUCGAGGAGGCCGAGGAGGCCCGCGGGACCCAGGGCCCGCCGGCGGGCCACGGCCACGGCGACGCGGGCCCCGCUCCGGGCCAGGGCCAGGGCCAGGGCCAGGCCGAGGCCGAGGCCGCCCGGGCCCUCCAGGAGCAGACCCUGCGGGCCGCCACCAUGGAGGUGCGGGCCGGGCGGUUCCGCGGGCAGCCGGUCUCCGUGUGGGACGUCCUCUCCUCCUCCUACCUGGGCCAGGCCCGCCGGGACGAGCUCCUGGCCCAGCACGCGGCCGGCGCCCUGGCCCUGCCCGCCCUGGUCGCCACCCUCACCCAGGUCAUCGAGGAGACGGAGGAGCGGCUGAGCAAGGUGUCCUUCCGGGGCCUGAGGCGCCAGGUGUCCGCGUCCGAGCUGCACACGUCCGGGAUCCUGGGCCCCGAGACCCUGCGUGACCUGGCCCAGGGCACCAGGACCCUGCAGGAGGUGACGGAGAUGGACGCGGUGAAGCGCUACCUGGAGGGCACCAGCUGCAUCGCGGGCGUGCUGGUGCCGGCCAAGGACGAGCCCGGGCGCCAGGAGAAGAUGAGCAUCUACCAGGCCAUGUGGAAGGGCGUCCUGCGGCCCGGCACGGCCCUGGUGCUGCUGGAGGCGCAGGCGGCCACCGGCUUCGUCAUCGACCCCGUGCGCAACCAGAAGCUGUCCGUGGAGGAGGCGGUGGCCGCGGGCGUGGUGGGCGGCGAGCUGCGGGAGAAGCUGCUGUCGGCCGAGCGCGCCGUCACCGGCUACACGGACCCCUACACCGGGGAGCAGAUCUCCCUCUUCCAGGCCAUGAAGAAGGACCUCAUCGUCCGCGAGCACGGCAUCCGCCUGCUGGAGGCCCAGAUCGCCACGGGCGGCGUCAUCGACCCCGUGCGCAGCCACCGCGUGCCCGUGGACGUGGCCUACCAGCGCGGCUACUUCGACGAGGAGAUGAGCCGCGUGCUGGAGGACCCCAGCGACGACACCAAGGGCUUCUUCGACCCCAACACGCACGAGAACCUCACCUACAUGCAGCUUUUGCAGCGAGCUACUCGUGACCCAGAUACAGGCCUUUUGUUUCUUUCUCUCUCCAGAAAGUGAUUGGAUGUUCUUUCUGUUUUUUUUUCUCGUCUCUGAAGGUAAUUGGAACAAUUUGUUAACAUUUUCUUAUCCUUAAUUGUUUUUUUCAUUUUAUCACUUUAGUAGUUUUCCUGUUCUUUGCUCUCUACCCCCCUGCAUUUUUUUUCCUUUUGACCUUACAUUUGCAUUAUAAUAAAGUCGCUCACUUGCACAGUA